GAAUUUCCAAUGCUUUUCAUUAUUUACCAUUUCCACCCCUAUCUCCUCAUCACUCCCGUGAAAUCCUCAACCAACGAUCAUGUGACUACCUAGAAAUCAACGGCCAUGAUACUCCCACCAGAUGUCGUGGUCCGCACUUUCCUCCUAGAAUUCUCCGUGAUUUCUGCCCUUUCCUCCAUUUAGGUUACGGACUCUCAUAUAUAAGCCCCUUUUCUGUCUUUAUAUCCUCUCCGUAUCAUCAUUUCUUUUAGCUUCAGUCUCAGAUCUCUCUUCGCUCCUUUCUCGUCAUCUUUGGUUGAGAUUUCUUUGUUGUUUUUUUAUUAUGGGGAAGAUCAAGAUCGGAAUCAACGGAUUUGGAAGGAUCGGGCGUUUGGUUGCGAGGGUUGCUCUCCUAAGCGAAGAUGUUGAGCUCGUCGCUAUCAACGAUCCUUUCAUCACCACUGAUUACAUGACCUACAUGUUUAAGUACGAUAGUGUUCAUGGUCAAUGGAAGCACCAUGAGCUUAAGGUGAAGGACUCAAAGACCCUUCUCUUUGGUGAAAGGCCUGUCACUGUUUUCGGCAUCAGAAACCCUGAGGAAAUCCCAUGGGCUGAGACAGGAGCUGAAUAUGUUGUCGAGUCUACUGGUGUUUUCACCGACAAGGACAAAGCUGCUGCUCAUUUGAAGGGUGGUGCAAAAAAGGUGAUCAUUUCUGCUCCUAGUAAGGAUGCCCCCAUGUUUGUUGUGGGUGUCAAUGAGAAGGAGUACAAGCCUGACCUUAACAUUGUCUCCAAUGCUAGCUGCACUACCAACUGCCUUGCUCCAUUGGCUAAGGUUAUCCAUGACAAAUUUGGCAUUGUUGAGGGUCUUAUGACCACUGUCCAUUCGAUUACUGCUACCCAAAAGACUGUUGAUGGUCCAUCAAUGAAGGACUGGAGAGGUGGUAGAGCUGCUUCCUUUAACAUCAUUCCUAGCAGCACUGGAGCUGCCAAGGCUGUGGGCAAAGUAUUGCCAGCAUUGAAUGGCAAGCUGACUGGAAUGGCUUUCCGUGUUCCCACCGUUGAUGUCUCUGUUGUUGACCUUACAGUGAGACUUGAGAAGAAGGCUUCUUAUGAAGAUAUUAAGGCUGCUAUCAAGGAAGCAUCUGAAACCUACUUGAAGGGAAUUCUUGGCUAUGCAGAAGAAGAUUUGGUCUCAACUGACUUUGUUGGAGACAGCAGGUCAAGCAUUUUUGAUGCCAAGGCUGGAAUUUCUUUGAAUGACAACUUUUCUAAGCUUGUUGCAUGGUAUGACAACGAGUGGGGUUACAGUAGCCGUGUGGUUGACUUGAUCCGACACAUGAACAGCACCAAGUGAGUGAUUUUGGUUUGUUGGUGUAGUCAAAGGGAAGCUUUAGCCUCCUUCAGCUUUUAGCAAUUUAUAAGAGAAUGUCAUGGGAAUAAUAGAACCGUACGGAACAUAAUUUUGUGUGAAAACUCUACUUAUCGAGAUGCGGUGUUUCUAAUUUACCCAGUAUGCAUUUUAUCUAAAACAGUCGUCUCUUUUUGUUGGAAUUUGGUUGUUUUCUCAAAGUACUCUAAUGUUUCAAGUUUAAUUGCAGUUCUCUUUAGUUUCA